CAGGUCUCGUAUCGUUUUCUCAAGGUGUCGGCACUUGCCGAGCUCGAGGCUCCAUCGGUUCCUCGAUCCGCAAGGGACUUCGAAGGAGCUUCUCUUCUUCUUCUUCUUCUUCUUCUUCUUUUUCUUCUUGAUUUCGAAUUGAAAGGGAAAUGGCGUUCGAUCCGAGACAAGUGGUUGCUGCUUUUCUCACUCUGUCAAUGUUCGCGAUGCUUGGGAAUAUGAUUAAGCAGGAUCACUUUGAUUCGUAUGAGGUGAGGCUUCCAACACAUGCUGUUCACUUGGAUGCAAUUGACAAUAAUGCGCAUGGGAAUAAUGCCGUUCCAGAGGGAAAUCAAGGACCUUGGAUGGAGAAGAGCCCAGAGCUAAAACCCUGUUGGAAUAAGCCGGCUUCAAAAGAGGGAGAGCAAUCCAAAGGUUUCAUCACCUUCUCUUUGACAACUGGUCCUGAAUACCAUCUCUCACAGAUAACAGAUGCAGUGGUCAUUACAAGGUAUCUAGGGGCUACACUUGUCUUACCUGACAUCAGAGGAAGUGAACUGGGUCAAAAGUGGAAUUUUGAAGAUGUGUAUGACAUUGAAAAAUUCAUGAAGAACUUAGACGGUGUGGUCAAGAUAGUCAAAGAGCUCCCUGCUGAAGUAACAGCCGGAAAACCUGCAGUUGUGAGAGUUCCUAACAGGGUGUCCGAGGACUUCAUUACGAAGAAUAUUGAACCCAUUUUCAGGACAAAGAGCUACUUGAGGCUUGCAAUCGUGUUUCCUUCAAUAAAUCUGAGGCAGAGGGAAAAGCAGAGCAACGACUUGGAUUCAACUUCAUGCUUAGCUAUGUUCGGCAGUCUCGAACUGAAACCAGAGAUUCAAGGAGUUGCUGACACAAUGGUCCAGAGACUAAGAACACUGAGUCGCAAAUCUGAUGGCAGGUUUGUGGCAGUUGAUUUGAGGGUUGAUGCUUUAGAGCAAAAGGGAUGCAAGGAGAGUGGAAGCAAUGGGAGGAAAAACUGUUACAGUGCACAUGAAGUCAGUGAUUUUCUGAAAAGAGUUGGCUUUGAUGGGGACACCACUGUCUAUUUGACUCAGACAUGGUGGCAUGAUAGUCUCAAUAUUUUGAAAGAGAACUUUCCUAAAACUUACACCAAGGAUGACAUAAUACCCGCAGAGAAGAAGGGCGAAUUCCUGAGGGCCAAAAGUGGCGAACUGGAGACAGCUCUCGACCUUCAUAUUUGUACCCAGAGCGAUGCAUUUGUCCCUGCAAUCUCUGGUCUCUUCUAUGGAAAUGUUGCUGGAAAGAGAAUAAGUUCGGGUAAAACCCAAAUACUAGUACCCUCUGAAAGGCAGAGUUCUACGGCCUCGGAUUUCAUAUCGACUUAUGUCUCUCAGAAGAACCAUUUGGUCUACUCAUGCUACUGCUGAAGUUUAUGCGUUUCUCUUUCCUAGCGCGUCCUCGACUGGUUCCAAAGGUCUGAAAUGAGCGCUUUGUAUGCAACAUGUAUACAGCUUUUGAGAAGCAAAGCCUGUUACUAGAAACAAACUAUUAUAAGUGGUUAAGAUAAAUAAGUAGAGCUUGUAACUUGUAAUUAGUGGUUGUGAGGAAAAUGGCAAUUUCAAUUCAAAUGGUAGAUGGUCCA